AUGACGGAAACCAGGGCCCUCUUCAAGGCGCUCAAGAUUGGCAACGUCGAGCUGCAACACCGAAUCGCCAUGGCCCCACUCACGCGGUUCCGAGCGCAAGACGACCACGUCCAUUCCGGUCAGCGCAGCCCGGAGACAUCUACUUUUGCAUGUAGCAGACCUGGAGUAGUACUGAUGAUUAUGAUCUCUUACUACACCAAUCAAUUUGUGAUCUACCUCCUCCCCAAUCACUGCACACCCUCGCUCUCUCCUUCAAUUCGACGACACGAACUCGGAUAUCGCCCCCGAAUUUGCCGGUACGCGAUCGCUUACUCGGUCACUCCUUCCACCUCGCACAACCACCGUCAACUUCCAGCCCUAGCAAUCGAAUACUACACCCAGCGAGCAACCCCAGGCGGUCUCCUCAUCACCGAAGCGACCUUCAUCCUCCCCCAAGCCGGAGGGUACCGCAACGUACCCGGGUGCUAUUCACCCGAGCAAAUCAAAGCCUGGGCCAAGAUCGUCAAAGGCGUGCAUGGCAAAGGCGGAAUCAUCUUCCAACAACUGUGGGCUUUAGGGCGUGCGGCACAGGGUAAGGUCCUGCAAGAGGAAGGAGGGUAUGAUGUUGUUAGUGCUUCGGAUGUGCCGUUGGACCCGAAUGGGAAUACGCGCAGCAAGGACAAGCCGAGACCCCUGACCAAGGACGAGAUCAAGGAGUACAUUGCUGGCUAUGCUCAGUGCGCCAAGAACUUUGUGCAGGGCGCUGGAGGGGACGGUGUCGAAUGUGAGUGACCGACCUGAGGUGCAUUCACUCGGUCAGCUCUUAUCCGACGAAGUGGGCUGACACAACUUUCACCCUUCCUUCGCGCCUCCAGUACACUUUGCCAACGGAUACCUCGUGGACCAGUUUACGCAAACGAAUUCGAACAAGCGUACGGACGAAUACGGUGGCUCGGUCGAGAACCGCUGCCGAUUCGCUCGAGAGAUCAUCAAAGCCGUCGUUGAGGCCGUCGGUGAAGGACGGACGGCGCUCAGGAUCAGUCCCCACUCCCCUUUCCAAGGUCAGUCCGGGAUUAUUCCCGGGAUAGACUCACGACGAGACUGAUCCUAGUCUCGAUCAAUUACGUCCAUAGAUAUGAAGAUGCCUGAGAAGGACAUGAUCGAGACGUUCUCGUAUCUCACCAAUGCACUCAAGAGGGAUCACCCCGGACUCGCGUACUUGCACGUGACCUUGCCUCGGGUCGCCGGUGGAUUCAGUAACGACAAUGUGAAAGAAGAAGAGAACAUCGACUUUAUUGUCAGUCCUACUCCAAUAACUUCCACUUGAUCCGCACUCGCUGAUGGCUUGCCUUUCCUUGAUCUCUCUUCUGUAGCAUGACAUUUGGGCCCCUCUGCCCAUCAUCAUCGCAGGACAAUACGAACCCGAAUCCGCGAUCGCCGACGCCGAAAAGUACCCCAACUCCAUUAUCGCAUUCGGUCGCAUGUUCAUCUCCAACGUGAGCAUCCCUCUACAUGCUGGGCCAUGGCUCCUCUCGUCGCUUCUCUCGACCGUGCUUUGCUGAUGCCCCGACGCUUUGAUGUUCAUACAGCCCGACCUGCCUUACAAAGUGAGAUAUGGAGCGGAGUUGACGCCUUACAAUCGCAAGACGUUUUAUCUCUACGGACCUGAUAAAGCAGAGGGUAGAUACUCAAAGAAGUUCGUCCACCCUGAUCGUCCGGGAGCUGAUAUCGGUCCUUUCGCUCUCGCUCCAGGCUACACGACGUACAAGCCCUCCAAGAUCUGGGGCAAGCUAUGA